AUGUUUUUAAAAUCUAUAAUAAAUGAUUUGAAUCUUUAAGAAGAAUAAAAUGAUGAUUAUGAACCAUUUAGAAGACCUCCUAACUUUGAAUUAGCUAAAAAUCAUGCUGUAAUAAAUUUAUGAUCAUUUCAAAGAAAGCAAAUAAAUUUUGUAAUUCAAAAGAAAUAGACAACAUAGAUAAUAUAGAAUACUGUCCUUGUUGUGGAUUUCCUAUUAUUGAAUCACAAUUAAGUUAUUGUUGUAAAAAUGAAGAACUUGCUUUUAAUGGAGCAGGUGUACCAUUAUUCUUUGAAUUUAUGGUUUUUGUAGCUAUUUUACUUUUUUUAAAUUUGUAACAAUAUAAUACUUAUUUAGCCUAAUUUCUGGAUUAUACAAUGCAAUGAAUAAUUAUGAAGGAAUAGAAUGUCAAAUUAAUAAUUCUGUAUGCAAAAUUAAUUAUUAUAACACUUACUCUCUUACAAAUAGUUCUAGGUAUUCUUUUCAUCUCAAAAUUAGAAAACCAGAUAGUAUUUUAUUAGGAUUAGAUGUUUUGAAUAUUUUAUCAAUGAUAAUCUUUUCAAUCUAUUAUAGAAGACAUUUAAAUAUUACUGCAACUAAAAUUGAUGAAAAGAAUAUCUCAAUAUCUGAUUACUCCAUUUAAGUUAGUAAUUUACCAAUAUCCUCAGAUAAAUAAGAGAUUUCUAAUUACUUUUCAGAAGUUAAAUAAAAUGGAACUUCUGUUUCAAAACUAUCUAUUGUUCAUAUUGUUUUAGGUUAUGACAUUUAAGAAUAUUAUUUAUUAACUAAACUCAAAAUUGAAAAUGAGUUAAAAAUAACAUCUAUUUUAUCUGAAUAGUAAAUUUAUCUAUUUGAAAUUUUAUAGAUAAAAUCUUUCUAUGGGUACAUAAACACUAAAUUUUGAAUAAUAAUUGGAAGAUAUAAAUUCUAAAAUUCAAUAAUUCCAAUAAAACCCUCAAUUAUUUAAAUUUAGUGGUGUAGCAUUUAUAACAUAUAAUACUUCAACUUAAGCUAAAUAAAUUAGAUAGUAUCAUACUCAAACAAAAUUCUAAUAUAUACUAUAAAAAUUGCUUUUUUUCUAUCCUUUGGGAUCUACAAAGACUUUUUAAGGCAAAACCCCACAUGUUAUUAGAGCACCAGAACCAGGGGAUGUUAUUUGGGAAAAUUUAGGUAUUAACCCUUUAAUUUAGUUCAAAUAUUAAAUUUUAACUAAUUUGGGUUCAUUACUAAUUUUAGCUAUAUGUUUUGGAUCUAUUUUGGGUAUAUCUGUGUAUUAAGUAAAUUAAGAUUUUAUUAAAGGAUAAAUUAAAUCAAUCUGAUAAAAAAAAUCAAUCCACAUCUGUUGAAUUGUCCAUAACAGUUUUUGGAUUGAUAGCUUCUUUUAUUAUAUCUAUAUUAAAUAACAUAAUGGGUUUACUCAUGAAGAAAUUUGUGUUUUUAGAGUUGCAUUCAACCUAAACUGAAUUUAAUAUCAGUUUUGCUAAUAAAUUAGGAAUUGUAUUAAAUGAAUAUUAAAAAAGGCUUAAUUUAUAAAUACAGCAAUCAUUCCUCUUUUAGUAAAUAUUGUAUUGAAUGAUUAAGAUAUUUUAACAUAAACUUGGAAAGAUGGAGGAUUAAUUUCUGAUGUUUAUUUAGUUCUUAUAAUGAAUGCAAUAUUUCCUUGGUUAUUUAAUUUAUUCGAUCCAUAUCAUUUUUAUAGAUAAUAUAGAAUAAGAAAGUCGUAGAAUUAGGGAUAGAAUUGUGCAUUGACUUAAAGAGAAGCUAAUUUGCUUUUUGAAGGUUUACCUGGAGAUUUAUCAAAAAAAUAUGCCACUAUAACAAAAACCCUUAUGCUUUCAUUUUUUUAUGCUCAAUUAAUACCAUUAGGGGUUGUAAUAUCUUUAUGUUUUAUUUUUAUAAAUUAUUGGGUUGAAAAAUACUUAUUAGUUUAUCGAUAUUCUAAAGGUCCAACUAUCGGUAGUUAAUUAGCAGCUGAAAUGGUUGAUACUUAUAUAGAAUUUGCUAUUUUAUUGUUUUCUAUAGGAAAUUGUAUUUGGUAAUCUCUUUUAUAAGUUGAAAUUCAUUUUUUAGUUUGGAUUUAAUUGAGUUUAGGGAUUAUUUAAUAUUUAUUUCCUUUAGAUUAAAUUUUUGAUAAUUUUAUUAAAGUAGAAGAACCAGAAACUCAAUCAACAUUUGAGGAUAAUUAAACUUAUAUUUGGGAUGAUUAUGGUAAACGGAAUCCUGUUACAAUGUAAACUGAAAUCGAAUAAUGGAUUUUAUAAAUAAGUAAAAGAAAAACUAAUAAUUUUUCAAAUAAGAAAAUACUUAAUUAUUUUAAUCGAGUGAAUAAAUAACAAUAAAAUAAAGAUAUUGAAUUAUAAGAAUAAGUUGCAAAUUCAGUAAUAUCUUCUAAAUUUUUGAAGGUAAUCUCAUUAAUAAAAAUAGCUUUUAAUGAAUAAAAGAUAAGUUUAUCCUUUAAAUUAAGAAUUUAUUCAAAAGUUGAAAACUAAAACAAAAAAAAAACAUUUGACUGAAAAUCAUGAAUAAGCAAAUUAUACUCAAACAAUAAAUUAGUCAUUAUAAGAAUUCUAGAUUUGA